UGUUUGCGUAUUAUUCUACAUCUUGUACCCAGACCUCGAGACAAACUCGCGGGGUGGGGAUGCGGCCAGCAAAAACCACGGUGGUCACUUCACCUCUUCGCACCUCCUCACCAGAGCUAAGGCUUCGGUCGGGCUACUAGCGUCACACGACUUGGACCUACUUCAACCUCCUACGAUGUCGGUGAUUCAAACUCCUCACAUGGUGUCCAUUGGCAUGUACUCGUUCUGGCCCACGGCAUUGGAGAACUCGGGAGGCUCGUCCGAAGUCGAGCACUUAUCGGUACCAGAAACGCUUUACCAGCGCCUUGUGGACCAAGACCACCGCCAACACCGUGCGUUCGGGUUCAUCCGUGAAAGCUACCGGGCGUGGCGCGUGACAGCGCUGCAAGUGAAGAAGGCCAAGCAGACUCUGAGUCCACCGUCUUCUCCCAUCGUAAAGGUCGAAGUCGAAGAGGUUGUCAUGACCUGUGGCGAUGACUGCGAGCAUGACGCCUUGCUACUUGCUGACCAUCCGCACCAGAUGUCUCCACUUGUAUCUGUGGUGAAGGAAGAGGUGCUCGUCGGAAGCAACGUCUCUGUGGACAUGCCGCCAGCGUUGUCGGACUCUUGUACCGAUUCGAUGGAACGUACUCCCCCGCAUCAUGUCGACGGUGACGAUGGCUCCAUCUUGUCCACGGACAAAAAGCGCAAAUUUCGAAAAUGCGGCACAUCCAACGCGACUCGAGUCCUUCGCGACUGGCUCUUUGAUCCCCACAACCAAGAGCAUCCGUACCCUUCGGAACAAGUACAUCUUUUUCCCACCUCCUCCCACACCACCACCACAUGCACUCGUCACUCACAACGUCCCCCGUGUUCAGGAAAAACGUCGUCUGUCGCACGACUCGGGGCUCACGAUCAAGCAAAUCGGCAUUUGGUUCCGCAACGCGCGACAGCGCCUGUGUGCGCCCAGCCCCACCAAGGCGACGAUCAAUCAGGAACAAGCCACGGCCUUCAUGACGUCCGUGGGGCUUAGGAUAGAUGAAACGACCCCUCUGCGACGAGGGGCGUGGUCGCCCGCCGAAAACGCAUUCGCCCAAAAGCUCAUCGAUCAGUUCACGCAGGGCAAGAUGCCGCUGGUGGAAGGCACGCCGUUGCGGUCGUUUCUGGCCGUGGUGCUCCACUGCCACGCCAUGCGCAUCUCCAAAAAGUUUGUGCGCGAGUGCUCCGUGGGCAAGAUCACGUUCCGACGGGACCGCCUCUUCCACGAGUCCGAGCACGACGCGUGCAUGCGGGACCUCUUGGCGCUCAAGGCGCAGGUCCAGGACAACGCGACCGCGGUCACGUCCAAGAAGAUUAUGGAGACGGAAGCCGAAGCCAUCAAAGUCCAGGAAUGGUUCCGCACCACGGGCGAGGCAUCGACGACACCCAUCCACGACGUGGUUGGCAGCGCUAGUACUACUACUACUCCCAAGAUGGAAGGCGGCGGCAUGUUGCUUGGGGGGUUUCCCAGCUGCAACGCACUCGACCGACACUUGCACGACCAGCUGCUCGAAGACCUUGACUUUGACUUUGACGGUGACUUGGGCUGGGGGGAGCUCGACAAGGCCGUGUCGCAGAUCUUCUUUCCAUAGUCAACAGGGACGACGACGCAACUGUGUGUGUGUGUGACCGUGUGCGACCGUUUGUAAAGUAGUAAAACAUAUUGUUGGCGUUCGUGAUAGGAAGCUUAAGUUGCUUGAUAUGAGUCGGCAUGUUCAAAGGGCAAGGUCGAUCUGUAGUUGUGACUUGGCCCAACAUGGUGGAAUAUGGAGAUUACUAGUAACGACAAAGUGAAGUGUAACGUUAAAAGUGCUUGUCAAUGAGACUGUCACAUGGCCACGAGUUUUUUCCAGGACGACGUGCUAGUCCUCGCCGCUUUUAGUGGUCCAUGGCCGUCGCCGCCACGACGCAAUGUGAUCAAUUCAAGUAUUUCGAAAUUAUAGAGAAAACUAACCUACACCUGCCUUAUACAAGCUAAAUCCAUCGUGGGGGGCGAAUCGAACUCUGGUCCGACACGCAGUCUUGCCGGGAGAAGGUCCGCCUCUGGAAAAUACAAGUCCAGGGCGACCAGCGGCGACGGCGACUGGGCUGAUGGAACACUUGCUUACAGCUUGUCAAUCUUGCCAAAAGCUCCACCCCCGGGGUUGCGUCUGGCCAAUUCUGCUCGAUCGGCCGUUUUGAAAUCGUACGAGCAAUUGUGUUGGUCAGCAAAACGAUGCGAGCCACAAUACACGAAACCGCACCGGCAUUCGAUGCCAGUGAGUCUGACUUUUUUCUUGCAUUCCCAGCAACGUCCCUUGUUUUUUUGAACGACGACCGGCUCGACAGCUUCUUCAGCAGGCGGUGUGUUUACGGGGGACGCGACGGCGGGCGUGGGAACGACGGCGUCGACUAGAGGUGCCGGCACGGCAGCUUGCGUUGUCGUCGGGGGUGACGUGUAUGCAUCGGUUUCGACCUGGCGAUUCGACAUGGUCUUCUUCCAGCACACGGAGCACAUGCCGCCACUCGCGGCAUUGCCAAAGAAACCGCAGCCGUUCGCGCAUAGCUUGGUGCAUUCGCCUUCCUGUUGCAUGGUGUGUUUGGCUUGUGGUGAGGGGGUGCUCCGAAACCCUCAAAAAGAAAACUAACGCCCCGUUUUCUUCGUCCCCGAAUAUACACGAUACCAACCGGCUUGUUCUUUU